AUCUCUAAAGCGCUUUGUGAGGGUGCUCCGCUAUGAAAGGCGCUAUAUAAAAUAAAGAUUCAUUGAUCGAUUGAUUAUAUAAAAGUGGGGGGGUGUCCCUCCCAGAUCUCGCAUUCAGCCUUCAAAUAAGUUCUGAAAAUAGCGCGGUGCUCUCCGAAUCCGGUUCGACGGGUCAGACAACCGCGUUUCAAAUACCAAAGAAAUAUUUUCCAUGCCUGGAGUAACUGACCCCCCCCCGGGAAUGCGUCCUGCAGGCGGGGUAUAGGUGUGUGUGCUUCGCUGAGUUGAAGCAACACGCCUGUGAUGCGAACUACAAACUGACGCUGUCGGAGCUGCACAGAAACUCUGAGACACGCAGGCAGAGACACGCACACACUCACGCACCUGCUGCUUUCCCAGGCAGACAUCACUAAGAGAGAGAGAGAGAGAGAGAGACAGAGACACUGCGGUUUCCUCGCUGGGUUUGGGAUUACAGGGAUACUGGCAGGAUGGAUCCCGACAUCUCCAUCAUGCUCCAGAGCCCUUCCUCCUGGGGUCUGAGUGAAGACCGGGUUCGAGUGGAGCUGUCUCCCAGGUACAAUCGUCGCCCCCUGCCCGAGUACGAGGCCCUGAUCGCAGAGUCCUGGAGCCAGCGCUGCCUGCUGAACCCCUGGCUUUUCAACGGAGCCAAGUUCCGCAUCCACUCCGCGAGCCUGGAGCGGGAGGAGAGCGGGGAGGGGAGCGGGGAGGGGAGGCAGGAAAGCGGGGUGCUGCUCAGGCUGCAGCUAGGCCUCACCUGCUACAGGGACUUCAUGGGUACGAACUGGGCCCCCUGGGCGGCCGUGCUGCAGCAGAGGGGUCUGGCCGAGCUGGGAGACUCGCAGGGUUACCUGGCCGAGCCGCUAGGGGUGGGAGCCAUGCUGUUGACAGCGGACGACUCCUUCGUGUUCCUGAAGAGAAGCGAGCGGGUCGGGGAGGCGCCGGGCAAGAUCGACAUCCCGGGAGGGCACCCCGAACCCAAGGCAGUUGCCGUGGGCAUCCCCGAGGAGUGUAUCCAGCUGAAGGACCUCUCUGAGGAGCUGGUCGUGCAGGAGCUGUUCUUCUCUGUGCUGGCAGAGAUCAGAGACGAGGUGAACCUGCCUCUCCGUUCUCUGCACAAGCCCAUCCUGCUGGGAAUCGCGCGCAAUCACACAAGCGCUGGACGGGCCAGCGCCGAGUUCUACAUCAGAUGCUCCCUGACUUCAGAGGAGGUGAACCAGUUCUACUGGGAGGGGGGUCCAGAGGCCCAGGAAUCUACCAACAUCGUCUUCAUCAAGAAGGAGGAAGUUCUGCGGUUGGAAGAGAGCGCCCCCAUGUGGUCAGAGUUGUGUCCUUCAGCCAAAGGAGCCGUGAAGCUUUACAAUCUGGUUCAGCCCGCCUGAGGAGAGAAAGGGGGUGCUGUCGAGUAUUUCAGCGCGCAAUAAUGAAACAGCUGCUCCAGAAACUCAGAAAUACUCAAAAAGCAAACAGCAACUACAACAACACUUGACUGAUCCGAACAGCAAAGACAAGAACGCGCUUCAGAAGUGAGUUCGGGUGGAAAUGCUUGUCAGCGAAACCAUGAAGUCCCGUCUCUCUGCACGCCUGGAUUCGGUGUGGUUUGAGCCUUUCUGCUUCUCAUCGGGGUCUCUGAAUCUGAACCCGUUCCAGCCCGGGCUGGCCUGAUUCGGAUCAGCAUUUAAACUCAGGGAAAUGACUGGGAAAGCAGGGGCGGGUGAUCAAUAGGAUGCGAGGCGCGGCGGGAGGCCUCGCAGUUUGAGUGAUUCAUUGUUACUGUUAUUAAAACGCAUCUUUAUUAACAGUGUGGGUUGUUUUUUUAAUGAACGGUUUUAAUGUAGGAAUGUUAUUGUUUUGUAGUUGUUUUAUUAAAUGCAAUUUGCACUGAACUGUGAUGGAG